CCGGCCCGCGGCCGCAGGGGCGCGCACAUGGCUACGCCGACGCACUCCCUGGGCUAUGCGGGCUGCAACUUCUUGCGCCAGCGGCUGGUCCUGGCCACGCUGAGCGGGCGCCCCGUCAAGAUCCGCAAGAUUCGGGCCAGGGACGACAACCCGGGCCUCCGAGAUUUUGAAGCCAGCUUCAUAAGGCUGAUGGACAAGAUAACUAAUGGUUCUCGAAUUGAAAUAAACCAGACAGGCACGACCUUGUACUACCAGCCCGGCCUCCUGUAUGGCGGGACCGUGGAGCAUGACUGCAGCGUCCUCCGCAGCAUCGGCUACUACCUGGAGGCUCUUCUCUGCCUGGCUCCAUUUAUGAAGCACCCGCUGAGAAUAGUCCUGCGAGGUGUGACCAAUGACCAGGUUGACCCUUCGGUUGAUGUUCUCAAGGCGACAGCCCUCCCUCUACUGAAACAGUUUGGGAUUGAUAGUGAAUCUUUAGAGCUAAAGGUUGUGCGGCGGGGGAUGCCCCCUGGAGGAGGCGGCGAAGUGUUUUUCUCGUGUCCUGUCAGGAAGGCCCUGAAGCCCAUUCAGCUCAUGGACCCAGGAAAAAUCAAGCGCAUCCGCGGAGUAGCGUACUCCGUACGAGUGUCCCCUCAGAUGGCCAACCGGAUCGUGGAUUCCGCAAGGGGCGUCCUCAACAAGUUCAUCCCCGACGUCUAUAUUUACACAGACCACAUGAAAGGCCCCAACUCCGGGAAGUCUCCAGGCUUUGGGCUGUCCCUCGUUGCCGAGACCACCAGUGGCACCUUCCUCAGUGCUGAGCUGGCCUCCAACCCUCAGGGCCAGGGCGCGGCCAUGCUUCCCGAGGACCUGGGCCGUGACUGUGCCAGGCUGCUGCUGGAGGAGAUCUACAGGGGUGGCUGUGUGGACUCGACCAACCAGAGCCUGGCCUUGCUGCUCAUGACCCUUGGACAGCAGGACGUUUCCAAAGUCCUGCUGGGACCCCUCUCACCCUACACGCGGUGUACAUCUGGUGCCUGCGGUUCUGCUCUUCCUUCAGAAAGCUCAGUUUCACAGUUUGUUGUUAGCUGCUGUCGAGCCGGCCCCCAACUGAGGGCGAGCCCAUGGCCAACAGAAUAAAGUGCUGCCUGGUCCUGCACCGCCCCGUGGCCAGUUACGGGCUGGGCAGUUGUGACACACAGGGCUUCCGGUGGCUGACUUUCGGCAGGAGAUCGCUCGGCCUUUCUUCCUAGUUCAUCUUAGUCGCGAGCUCCAUCGAAACCUGUUCUGCGUCAUAGCCACACGCAGGCCUCCACCGGCAGCUGAGAGCUGGCUGCGCAUGAGAUGCACUGGCUGGGGGUGGGACCCAGGUUUCCACGUAGAAGGCGAGAAUUCUGCCACUGAAGCACCACUGCACCCUCAAAUUCUGCAGUUUAGGGAAGACUUACGCUUUAUUUAAAAGUAGGAUUGAUGGCAAGAAGAAUAUCAACAACCAUCUUAAUUAGCACUUUCAGAAAUUGUUUGAGAGAAGAACGUGGGGUUACCAGAGCUCUGUGUGUUCGGCCAGUGCACAGGCCUUGAAGCCCAUCCUGUCUGGAUUCAAGUCCUGGCCCUGCAGCGGAGCCACCAUGAGACCACAGACAAAGCUUUGGGCAUCCCUGAGCCUCGGUCUCACCUGAGACAAGGUGGAUGAUCUUGAAGUCAUAGGCUUGUGGUGACAAGAGUGAGGAUUGAGGGCAGGUACUUAGGGCUCCAAGCAGUGCACCCACCGGGGGCUCCCCCAUGUGCACCCCUCACUCUGUCCCCUGCUCAGGUCACUUGGAAGACCAGGAGUCCCAGGAUACUUACCCUAAGCGAUCUUAGAUCUGGACAUCAGCUGUAAAUCAUCUGUUCACCUGUCUAUAAAUCUGGAGUCCCUGAGUGGUGCAAAUGGUUAGCACAUGUGGCUGCUAACCAAAAGGUUGAAGGUUCGAGUUCACCCAGAGAGGUACCUCAGAAGAAAGGCCUGGUGGCCUGUUGUUAGGUGCUGUAGUCAGUUCCGACUCACAGCAACCCUAUGUAAAACAGAAUGAAAUGCUGCCUAGUCCUGCACCAUCCUCACAAUCAUUGCUAUGUUUGAGCCCAUUGUUGUAACCACCGUGUCAAUCCAAAAGGUCUUUUUCUCUGACCCUUUACCAAGCAUGAUGUCCUUCUCCAGGGACGGGUCCCUCCUGAUAGCAUGUCCAAAGUACGUAAGACGAAGUCUUACCAUCCUCCUUUCCAAGUACAGCAUUCUGGCUGUACUUCUUCAAGACAAGUUUGUUCGUUCUUUUGGCAGUCCGUGGUAUAUUCAAUAUUCUUCACCAACACCACAAUUUAAAGGCAUCAGUUCUUCUUCUGUCUUCCUUAUUCAUUGUCCAGCUUUCACAUGCAUAUGAUGCGAUUGAAAACACCAUGGCUUGGGUCAGGCACACCUUUGUCUUCAAGGUGACAUCUUUGCUUUUCAACACUUCAAAGAGGUCCUUUGCAGCUGAUUUACCCAAUGCAAUGCGUCUUUUGAUUUCUCUACUGCUGCUUCUGUGGCUUUUGAUUGUGGAUCCAAGUAAAAUGAAAUCCUGGACAACUUCAGUCUUUUCUCCAUUUCUCAUGAUGUUGCUCAUUGGUCCAGUUGUGAGGAUUUUUGUUUUCUUUAUGUUGAGGUGUAACCCAUACUGAAGGAUUCUGUGGUCCCUGUUCUUCAUCAGUAAGGGCUUCAAGUCCUCUCCCAAAAAUCAGCCACUGUAAAAUGCCAUGGAACAGUCAGGUUGCCAUGAGUUGGAGUCACCUCCACGGCAGCUGGCUAUAAUCCAUAAAUCAGGACUCAUUUAAAUUUUAAAUCUGUGACUAACUUUUUUCAGUCACAUUGCUAAACAAGCUACACGUAUCUUAAUAUUCCUAAGAGUUCUGGAAGGUAGGUGUUUAUUUAAUAAGCACUUAGGUGUUUACUGUGUGCCACGUGUUGUUCUGAGUGCUUCGUUACAAAUUCCAACUCAUUUCGUUUUUAUGAUAACCCUCUGAGGGUGAUGAAGGCUCCUACCGUUAUCAGCUCCAUUUUACAGGUGAGGAGACUGAGGCACAGAUCAGUCCAGUCACGUGCCGGCUCACAGUCAGGACGUGGGGCUGAGAAGCCGCGGUUGGUUUCUGAGCCCGCGCUCCCCUGAACUCCCAGCCUCCUGAGGUAAGAGCUGGGCUUCCACCCGCACUGGCUCCGUGUGCCUCCUUGCCCGAGGCCGGCUUCUGUACUGCCUCUGUCCAGGAGAGUCCCUGUGUCACAUUCCUUAGUACGAUGAGCUGCUAUCUUUAGUUGGAAGUCUAAAAUAAACCACAGCACCUUGUUCUUGAUAAAUGACCUCUUUCCACUACUUGUGGAAGUGCUAGGUCGCUCAAGCCUGCCGUCGGGGCUUUUAGCUCGCUCAGCCUGCAUCACAGCGAUGAGGAGACCCUGUACGCUUGUGCGUGGGCACAUCGGGCCACCGCCCACGCCCGCUGCCCGAGCCUGCCGGCACUUGGUUGUUAAACUUAGCAGAUUCAAUUGCUUAACCGCUGUACAUGAGCUAGCACGCUAACCCUCCACCCCACAUCCAAGGAGUGGUUGAAAUGCUGGAAGGAGUUCCCUGGGCAGUACAAAAAGUUUAAUGUGCUCAAUUGCUAACAGAAAGGUUAGAGGUUCAAGUCUAUCCAGAAGUACCUCUGAAGAAAGACCUGGCGAUCUAAUUCCCAAAAAUUGGCCAUUGGAAACCCCAAGGAGCAUAUUUGAGCUCUGACACACGUGGUAUUGCCAUGAGUGGAAAUCAGCUUGAUGGCAUUUGGUUUGGCUUUAAAUGCUGCAAAAGCCCGUCACCUUUGUUACACUGUUUGAGCCUGAGAACGUACUUGGCAUGUAGUAAAAGCAAGCGACAGCUAUACUUUUCAGACGAAAAAGAGGUCACUGACCUGCAUGUGGGAGCUCCUGGAGCACCAGGGCAGGACCCAGGUCCCCCCGCAGUGCAGCCGGCCUGGCCCUUCCCGUGCCGCCCCUGUGGCUGAAUUUAAUCACCUCACUCUUGCAGCAGAGGUCAGCUGGGCCCGGAGAGGUCAGCUGCCGCAGAGAAAGCAACACCAGGACAUCUAAAAGCUGCCGUGUAAUGCCUGGAGUCCCUGGGCGGCACAGACAGUUAAGUGCUCAGCUGCUAAUUGAAAUAUUGAAGGUUCAAGUCCACCCAGAGAUGCCUUGGCAGAAAGGCCUGGGGGUCUGCUUCCGAAGAAUCGGCCGUUGAAGACGCCGUGGAGCACGGUUCCACUCUGACACAUGUGGGUGGUCAUGAGUUGGCAGCUGGCUGUAAUGAGUGCUUAUUUCUCAGCUUCUGAGGGUUUUUGCUUUUUAAUAUCCCAGCUAAAGGUAUGGGACUGGAGGUGGAGGAGAAGCACAUUCUGAAACGUGCUGGGUCCCAGUCUCUCAUACAGCCCUCCUCAGACUGUCCAAGGGGUUUGGCAGAACAUUCUGUAAAAAGUGGAACCGACUUUGCUUUUCCUGACUGUUCCAAAGGCUACAAAUACCUCAAAGCUGCAAAUAUGCAUCCUGCAAACUCAGUGGUGUCCCCACCCGUUUCCGAGAGAGCCGAAGCGCGGCGUCCCCUGAGAAGUUCUGGCAGCUGGGAGGGCGUCUGGGUUUUCAGGCACAGUUGAGUGAUUCACAGUGAAGUGGGCCGGGUGAGGCCCAGGAGUGGAGCACCUCGGAGCCCCACGGCAGCCGCAAGAGAGAACACUUUCUCCCUUGAUGCAGCGCGGCCGGGAGGUGCCGUCUUUGCUGUGCGGCGGCUGCCAGCUGGAAGCAUGGCCCACAGACGUGGACUGUUUAUCUGUGGGUUUGAUAUAUUUGUUUUCUUUUUUUCCCAGGAUAGGGUGGGGGAGGUGGUGGGGCUGGGACGGAGACCAAAAAAAAAAAUUAAAAUUUCAGUUGGUCAUCAGAAAUGAAAGGGACUGGUCAGCGGGUGGGAGAGAGAUGCUGAUGAAGAGUGAGCUAAUUAUAUCAGGUGGACACUUGAGAUUGUGUUGGCAACUCUUGUCUGGAGGGGGAAUGGGAGGAUAGAGAGAGAGGGAAGCCGGCAAAAUUGUCAAGAAAGGAGAGACUGAAAGGGCUGACUCAAGACGGGGAGAGUAAGUGGGAGUAGGGAGUGAGAUGUAUGUAAACUUAUAUGUGACAGACUGAUUGGAUUUGUAAACGUUCACUUGAAGCUUAAUAAAAGUUAUUAAAAAAAAAAAAAAAAAAAAAUUUCAGUUGGUUAGUGAGACCGGGAAGCCAGCAGGGGGAGAGCCCACCUCCCUUAAUUGCUGAGGCUGUUGUAGUUUCUCGAAGUGACCCCUAACUCUUAAAUUCUACUUCACGCCUCUUUAUUGAGUGCCUGAUAGCAUUCCUAAAGGGGGAGUUGGUGGUUCAGUGGUAGAACCUGUGUGAAAAAAGGGCAGGCAUUGAUGGUUCAGUGGUAAAAUUCUCACCUUCCACGUGGGUGACCUGGGUGCGAUUCCUAGCCUGUGUACCUCAUGUAGCCACCACCCAUCUGUCAGUGGGGGCUUGCUUGUUGCUGUGAUGCUGAACAAGUUUCAGUGGAGCUUCCAGACUAAGACUAGGAAGAAAGACCUGGCGAUCUACUUCUGAAAAUCAGCCAGUGGAAACCCUGUGGAUCACAACAGUGAGAUCAGCCCCAGAUCCUGGGGAUGGCGCAGGACCGAGCCGUGUUUCCUUCAGUUGCGCACAGGGCUGUGCUGAGUCGAGGGCCGAGUCAAGGGCCGAGUCAAGGGCAGCCACCACCGACAGCACGGCACCUGUCAGGUACGUGACAGAUCCUGGGGAUGCCGCAGGACCGAGCCGUGUUUCCUUCAGUUGCGCACAGGGCUAUGCUGAGUCGGGGGCCGAGUCGAGGGCAGCCACCACCAACGGCACAGCACCUGUCAGGUACGUGACAGAUGAGGUCGUUGCCCUCGAGGUGCUUCUGUCAUCUGCUGAGGAGGGAGGAGAAAGUUGUGAAAGGAGCUACGCAGGAGAAUUUAGUUAGGUACCAUGAGCAGAGUGGGAAUGCCCUGGAAGCCCAGAGGGGAGGGCAAGGCCCUGUUGGGGGGCGGUUAUUGGCUGGCAAAGGCUUCGAAGAAGAACCAGCAAGUGGGACGUCAUUUCCAGUCCUUCUGGGAGCGUGCUGCCUGCGUUCAGCACAAGGCUCCCGCUCCAGGAUGGGUAACGCCUGCUGCGCCAGUCGUUUCAGUUAGAACGUGGUCGGGCCCCUUUUCUCCUACAGCCUUUUCGCUCCUCUGCCUAGUCACACGGUACUAAAGGGUCCAGAGAAAGCGGAAAGUCAUCACUAUAGGUUUAUGCGUAGCUUGGUAUACACUGCAUGGGGUGGGAACCAGGGACUGUUCUUUUUUUCUUAAGCUUUACAAGUAUGUGUGUGUGUCUUUAUUGUAACCAACUUUAUUGAGAUCUUAUUCCCACACCACACAGUUUACUCAUUUAAAGUACACGAUUCAGUGGUUUUUAUUAGAUUUACAGAGUUGUGUAAACAUCAGCACAAUCUAAUUUUCAAAAGAAACCCCAUUGGCAGUCAGUCCCCAUGCCACCGAGUGCCCCCAGCCUGCGGCAACCACUAGCUGGCUCUCUGUCUCUGUAACAGGCGUACCUGUUGUGGCCGUUUCCUGUAAAUGGAGUGACACGGUAAUCCUCUGUGAUGGCAGCCUGGUGUAAAUGGAGUGACACGGUAGUCCUCUGUGAUGGCAGCCUGGUGUAAAUGGAGUGACACGGUAGUCCUCUGUGACGGCAGCCUGGUGUAAAUGGAGUAACACGGCAUGUCAUCCUCUGUGACGACAGCCUGGUGUAAAUGGAGUGACACGGUAAGUCGUCCUCUGUGACCGCAGCCUGGUGGAAAUGGAGUGGCACGGCAUGUUGUCCUCUGUGACGGCAGCCUGGUGUAAAUGGAGUUGACACGGUAAGUCGUCCUCUGUGACCGCAGCCUGGUGGAAAUGGAGUGGCACGGCAUGUUGUCCUCUGUGACGGCAGCCUGGUGUAAAUGGAGUGACACCGUAGUCGUCCUCUGUGACAACAGCCUGGUAUAAAUGGAGUAACACGGCAUGUCGUCCUCUGUGACGGCAGCCUGGUGGAAAUGGAGUGACACAGUAGUCGUCCUCUGUGACGGCAGCCAGGUGGAAAUGGAGUGACACGGUAAGUCGUCCUCUGUGACGGCAGCCUGGUGUAAAUGGAGUGACACGGUAAGUCCUCUGUGACGGCAGCCUGGUGUAAAUGGAGUGACACGGUAAGUCGUCCUCUGUUACGGCAGCCUGGUGGAAAUGGAGUGACACGGUAGUCGUCCUCUGUGACGGCAGCCUGGUGUAAAUGGAGUGACACGGUAAGUCGUCAUCUGUGACGGCAGCCUGGUGUAAAUGGAGUGACACGGUAGUCCUCUGUGACGGCAGCCUGGUGUAAAUGGAGUGACAUGGUAAGUCCUCUGUGACGGCAGCCUAGUGUAAAUGGAGUGACACGGUAAGUCCUCUGUGACGGCAGCCUGGUGUAAGUGGAGUGACACGGUAAGUAGUCCUCUGUGAUGGCAGCCUGGCGUAAAUGGAGUAACACGGCAUGUCAUCCUCUGUGACGACAGCCUGGUAUAAAUGGAGUAACACGGCAUGUCGUCCUCUGUGAUGGCAGCCUGGUGGAAAUGGAGUGACACAGUAAGUCGUCCUCUGCGACGGCAGCCUGGUGCAAAUGGAGUGACACGGUAAGUCGUCCUCUGUGACGGCAGCCUGGUGUAAAUGGAGUGACACGGUAGUCCUCUGUGAUGCCAGCCUGGUGUAAAUGGAGUGACACGGUAGUCCUCUGUGACGGCAGCCUGGUGUAAAUGGAGUGACACGGUAGUCCUCUGUGACGGCAGCCUGGUGUAAAUGGAGUGACACGGUAGUCCUCUGUGACGGCAGCCUGGUGUAAAUGAAAUGACAUGGUAAGUCGUCCUCUGCGACGGCAGCCUGGUGUAAAUGGAGUGACACGGUUAAGUCGUCCUCUGUGACGGCAGCCUGGGUUUAGCAUAGUGUUUUGGGGUUUUUCCACGUUGUAGCACGUGUCAGAACUUCAUUCCUUUUUAUUACUGAAUGAUGGUUAAUAAGGUUGAGAUGACACUAAAAAACAAAACUGAAAAUAUUCAAUAAAAUAAAUUUGAAUGAAAUCUGACUAAUACCACAUUUUAAAUAUUUAUCGUGCGUUGGUCGACAAGUGGGUCAUUUCCACCUUUUCACCGUUGUGGAUAGUGCUGCUGGGAACAUCCAUGUCAAAGUUUUCUGUGGCUGUGUGUUCAGUUCUUCCGGGUGGACACCCAGGAGUGGGAUUGCUGGGCCAUGCAACAGCUCUUGAAUGUUUUGAGGAACUGCCAAACCGUUUUACACUGACAGCAGUAUGGGUGAGGGUUCCCGUUCCUCCACACUUUGCUUAUUGCCUUUGAUUGUAGCCAUCCUAGUGGGCGUGAAGUGGUGUCUCUUUGUGGUUUUGAUUUUCAUUUCCCUGAUGAUUAAUGACAGUGAGCAUCUUUACACGUGCUAUUUGACCACAUGCGUAUCCUCUUUGGAGACGAUCUCUUCAGAUCAUAUGCCAAUUUUUUUAGUUAUUUGCCUUUUUAUUAUUCAGUUUUAAGAGUUCUUUAUGUAUUCUGGAUACCAGACCUUUAUCAGCUGUGUGAUUUGCAAGUAUUUUCUCCUGUUCUAUGGGUUAUUUUUUCAUUCUCCUGAUGAUGUCCCUUGAUCACAGAAGAUUCUCAUUUUGGUGACAUCCGGUUUAUCUUCUAGUCGCUGCUUUUUGUGUCAUAUCUAACUCCAGGUCAUGAAGACUUACCCCAAUGUUUUAUUUUAAGUUUUUUAUUCUUUUAUUGUACUUUAGAUGAAAGUCCACAAAACAAACUAGUUUCUCAUUAAACAGUACACAUAUUGUUUUAUGACAUUGGUUGCCAACCCCAAGACAUGUCAACAGUCUCCCUUUUCAACCUUGGGUUCCCUGUCUCCAGCUUUCCUGUCCCCUCCUGCCUUCUGGUCUUUGCCCCUGGGCUGGUGUGCCCUUUUAGUCUCGUUUUGUUUCAUGGGCCUGUCCAAUCUCUGGCUGAAGGGUGAACCUCUGGAGUGACUUCAUCACGGAGUGAAAGGGUGUCCAGGAGCCAUACUCUCAGGGUUUCUCCAGUCUCUGUCAGGCCAGCAAGUCUGGUCUUUUUUUGUGAGUUAGAAUUUUGUCCUGCAUUUUUCUCCAGCUCUGUCUGGGACCCUCUGUUGUGAUCCCUGUCAGAGCAGUCAGUGGUGGUAGCCGGGCACCGUCUCGUUGUAUUGGACUCAAUCUGGUGGAGGCCUUGGUAGAUGUGGUCCGUUAGUCCGUUGGACCAAUUUUUCCCUUUUAUCUUUAGAUUUCUUCGUUCUUCCUUGCUCCCGAAGGGGUGAGACCAGUGGAGUAUCUUAGAUGGAUUAGUAUUUUUGAAUCAGUAUUUUUGAAGUUCCCCAGGUGAUCCCAUGUGCAGUUGAGGCUGAGAACCAUCCGGCUGGGGUAGGGAGUUGGGAUGGUUUCUUUGGGAGGCAGCACAAUCCAGGGUUGCUGGAAUACCUCAUUACAGGAUCUCAGAUGAUCCAUUCUUCACUGACUGGUGAGAUUCGCCAGGUGCUUGUUAAAGAUAAAUUUCUGGCUCCCGUGCAUGGGGGCUGGGGUCAGGGCCCACCGGGCCCUGUUGGGGCGAGGUAGGGCCGGGCUUCUGUGUAUGGCUCCUCUACAUGGACACGUCUCCCUGCCGGUUGCCAGUUGAUCAGAGCCUUCAGGAACCUGUGAGUUUAAUGAGCUCUCAGGUGCAUCUUAUGAUCACUCUGGCUUGUCCCACACCAAAACUUCUAGAACAGACCUUUAGUAGAAGCCUGUAUACCUGCACCGGCACCCUCCACAGAAUU